AUGGCUCUGUCCCUUAACAGUGACGAGCUGUUCGACACGGUGCUCUCCUCCUCUAGAGACAUCUUCUGGCAACAGCACUCCUACUCCCCAGAGUCACAUCGAGAGCAACUCUGGAGCCAACGUUUGGAACCAUUCAUGACCACGCCAAAUCAGCAGCAGCAACACAACUACACUCACGUCAAGGGACCCAGCGUGGAUGAGACGACAGGCCUGUCUGCGAAACGAAGCUGUGAAGACAUGAACCCCAGCUCAACCUCCGGACGCCAUGCGAGCAAACGACGAGCUACCAGCCAGGAACCUAUUUUGGACUCCUCUAGCUGCGUUAGACCUCUCCCACAACAUUCGGUCUCGUCCCCUUCACGGAUCCCGCGGUACUCACCGCCACUUUCAAGGACUGGCAACUCUUCUCCCGAGAUCGAUGCGCUUCUACCCACCAACACUGCCCAAGAAUCUGACGAAUCAACUGCUGGCCUUGCGUUCUUCCUGCCAACGUCUACUGCAUCGAACUCUCCUUUUGGCCUUGACCUCCUUGAACUGAACCCGGAGCUCCACAGCUUUACGCCUGAUCUCUUCGACCAAAAGUUUCUGGAUGGAACUCCUGCCCCUAUCGAUGCUUCGACGAAUGGAACUCCCAACACCUCACUUGAUCAGAGCCCCUCCACGCAGACACCGCAGCACCAAGAGGCGGUCUCUUCUGGACCGGAUUGUGUCGUAACAAACCCCUCUGGCUUCAGUGCGGAGAUGAAUCGUAGUAUUACUACUGACUCAUUGUGUGGAGGAAUGAACAUGAUCAGGUUCGGCUCGAACAGAUCGGUUUCCAACAAUCUGGAGUUUCCAGAUCAGUCAUCAGCAAAUUUCUUUGCCCCGUCAUUACAAAAAGACAAUGACACAAACUAUCCCCUUUCCUUUAUGCCCUCUACCCCAGCCCCUUCUGACAGUAACAUGACUCAUGUUCAAUUUUCUCAGUCCUUGCCCGAGUACGGGCCUGGACACUUUCAUUCCUCCCUAUCUACCUCCCGUACCCGCUCUUCCUCUUCUUUGCAUUCUUCGUCGUCGGCUUCAUCUACUGAGAUGAAGCCUUCUCUAUCGAGCGAGAGUCAAGAGUCCUCUCGCUCGAACAACUCAAGGGCUCUGCGGAGGACACAUGAGCAGAUCGUGCAAGGUACACGAAAGAUUGCGCCUAAGGCUGCUGAGAAACAGGGUAUUCAGCCCGCAGUGACUGAGCACCGGAAGAUCAACAUUCCGGCGGCUGACGGUCGAUCUCGCGAAGUCGCUAUGAUACCUAAAGCUUCGGUUCAACGACCUGCUCGUCAAAAGACAUACUGCACAAUGUGUAACGAGCAGCCCGAGGGCUUCCACGGCGAACAUGAACUCAGAAGACACAUCGAUCGAUCUCAUUCUCAGAUACGCAAAGUGUGGAUCUGUGUCGAUAUAUCACCUGACAAGAAAUUUCUUGCCAACUGCAAGGCCUGCCGAAAUCAAAAACGGUACGGUGCCAAUUAUAAUGCAGCUGCCCACUUGCGUCGCACACAUUUCAACCCCUGCCAGCGUGGUCGUGGGGGGCGAGGCAAAGACAGCGAGAAACGUGGGGGAAAGGGCGGCGGUACCCACCCACCCAUGGAUGUCCUCAAGCACUGGAUGGUGCAGCAGGACGAGAUUGUUCUCGACAAUACUUCAGUCAUCGCCAACCCAACAAAUAAUGAUGUUACUGGUGCCGUUGAAAAACCACAAAUACCUCGCCGUACCUCCGACGCAAGCCACAACAGCACUAGCGAUAGCGAAUGUGGCAGCACCAUUGCCGCCGUGAGCGAUAUAUUUACAACCGUCGCUGAAGAACAACAGCAGUUGGCCACCCCAGCUAUCAGUGCCAAAUUCGAUCCGUGCGCAACCAAUAUCGAUCAACCAGAGUUCGAUCUCUCACCUCACAUGCCAUUCAGCCUCGAUGACUUCACUGCUGCCACUACUCCGUUCGAUUGGAGUGAUGGCAGCCACCCGGCCGCUCUUGGAGGAGGGUAUAUCCCAAUGGGUCAAGGUAUCAUGAAUACUUAUGACCCAUCAUUUUAUCAUUAG